AUGGGCCGAUUUAACGCCUUCUCCGGCGCAUUGCUCUCGCUGGCAAUCCUUCCCCUCGCCAAUGGCGCCCCUGCAGCCGUCUCGUCCGCCUCCGCCAGCAGCAGCCCUAACCCUCCCCUGAGAGGCUCCGAGGACCUCCUGGGCUAUUCUCCCUCCAACGUGCUGACGACGGAAAACACCGACGACGUUCCCUACCAGCCCGUCGAGGGACAGAAUCUCGACGCCAUUGACGGCUUCUAUCUCGAUUUCGAAAGCGUGGAAAACCCGCAGCCCAUCCGCGGAUCUAAGGGAGGAACCGAUCCCGGUCCUCAAAAAGGCAAUGACAACUACGACCGCAUCAACAGCGACAAGCUCGCCCCGCCAGGAACGGACAGCGGCUCGACGAUCAACGCGCAGUGGCCGAUGGGCCUCAGUCAUAACAGACUCGGCCUCAAUGGCGCCGGUUGGGCGCGACAGGAAAAUACAGAGGUCAUGCCGGCUGCAAAAGCGAUGGCCGGCGUCGACAUGAGACUCGAGGCGGGCGCCUACCGGGAACUGCACUGGCAUGUCGCGUCGGAGUGGUCUCUGGUUCUGAACGGCAGUGCCAGGAUUGCGGCAAUGAACGAGGAGGGCCAGACAUUCAUCGACGAUGUGUCCAAAGGCGAUGUGUGGUUCUUCCCGCCAGGCGUACCUCAUUCCAUCCAGGCUCUCGAAAACGGAACGGAGUUUCUUCUGGUUUUCGACGACGGCUCAUUCUCAGAAGACAACACUUUUCUAACUUCGGACGUCUUCUCCCAUCAACCGAGAGAGGUGCUGUCAAAGAACUUUGGCGUCCCCAUCGCCGCCUUUGACAACAUUCCCACCGAGGAGCUCUACAUCUUCCCGGGAACCCCAGCACCGAAGGACAUCCAAGAACAGAAUGUCACCGGGUCAGCGGGCAGCGUUCCCAAGGAACAGAGCUACUCAUACCACUUCUCGGAGCAGCCCGCUCACGAGGUCCCCGGAGGCAGCGUGAAGAUCGUCGAUCCAUUGACCUUCCCGAUCGCGUCCAACUUCUCAGCCGCCCUCGUUACCGUCAAGCCCGGCGGCAUGCGCGAAAUCCACUGGCAUCCGUCCAGUGAUGAGUGGUCGUUUUUCAUCCAGGGCAAAGCCCGUGCCACCCUCUUCUCGGCGCCCAGCAGUGCCACCACGUUCGACUAUCGCCAGGGAGAUGUAGGUUACUUUCCCAGGUCGAACAGCCACUAUGUCGAGAACACUGGCGACACGGAUCUGAUAUUCCUCGAGGUGCUCCAAGCCGAUCACUUUAGCGACAUCUCCCUCGGACAGUGGAUCGGCUCGACGUCGAAGCAGAUCAUCCGCGACAGUCUCCGUCUGAGCAACGAGACGCUGGACCAGCUCAAGACGGAGAAGCAGUACGUGGUCGCUGGAUCCACCAACCUGACGUCCUUCACGCAGCCAUGA